CUCUCUCUCCCCCAAGAUCUCCCCCGUUCGUUCGCUUCCCCUCACAAUUUCCGUUCCCUUGUCUCUCCACAUCUGCUCUCCUCGGUUUUUCAAACUUGUCCUGGACCCGAGAGCAGCAGCAGGCCUCCACUAGCAAAUCCGUCCACGCAGCCCCCGCUCUCCCGUCGCGCGCCGGCAUUAGCCUGCCCAACGGGGAGUGCGCCGCCGCCGCCCUUCAGCUCGCUAGCUCGCUCUGGAGCUUCGUUCCCGCGCCGGCUUGCUGGCUGGCGGAGGAGGAGCGGGUGGUGUUGUUUCGGGCAGAGGAGGGGGAGCGGAAUGGGUUUCUGGGUGGGCCUCGCGCUGGGGGUCGCGGUGGGCGUCGCGCUCAUCGUCGGCUUCGCUCGCUCCGAGAACUCGCGCGCCGCCCGCCGCCGCCAGCUGGCUGCUACUGUUGCUAGUUUCUCCAAGAUGACGAUCGAGGAUUCACGAAAGUUACUCCCAUCUGACCUGUACCCUUCGUGGGUUGUUUUCUCAUCGCAGCAAAAGUUAAAAUGGCUUAAUCAAGAGCUGAUAAAAAUUUGGCCGUAUGUGAGUCAGGCAGCAUCAGAACUGAUCAAAGCCUCUGUUGAACCUGUUCUUGAACAAUAUAGGCCAGUAAUAAUAGCUUCCCUCAAGUUCUCAAAACUCACUCUUGGAACUGUUGCACCACAGUUUACUGGUGUUUCAAUAGUUGAGAAUAAGGACUCAGGUAUCAUCAUGGAGCUAGAGAUGAACUGGGAUGCCAAUCCAAGUAUCAUACUAGAUAUAAAAACUAGACUUGGUGUAGCGCUUCCGAUACAGGUAAAGGACAUUGGCUUUACAGGAGUUUUCCGCUUGAUUUUUAAACCACUGGUUGAAGAGCUACCAUGCUUUGGAGCUGUUUGCUUUUCUCUACGAAAGAAGAAAAAGCUGGAUUUUAGACUGAAAGUCAUUGGUGGCGAAAUUUCUGCUAUACCUGGGAUUUCAGAUGCUCUUGAGGACACAAUAAAAAAUGCUAUUGAAGACUCAAUAACAUGGCCAGUAAGGAAAGUCAUUCCUAUAAUACCUGGGGACUACAGUGAUUUGGAACUGAAGCCUGUUGGUACAUUGGAAAUCAAGCUUGUGCAAGCAAGAGAUUUGACGAACAAAGAUCUGAUAGGAAAAUCUGAUCCUUUUGCCAUUGUAUAUGUCCGCCCAUUACCAGACAAAAUGAAGAGAAGUAAAACAAUUAACAACGAUCUGAACCCCAUCUGGAAUGAACACUUCGAGUUUAUAGUUGAAGAUGCCGAUACUCAGAGUGUCACUGUGAAGAUUUAUGAUGAUGAUGGUAUUCAGGAAUCUGAAUUGAUUGGCUGUGCUCAAGUUAGGCUAAAGGAUCUGCAACCAGGCAAAGUGAAGGAUGUCUGGUUGAAGCUUGUAAAAGAUUUGGAGAUUCAAAGGGACAGGAAAGAUCGGGGUCAGGUGCACCUUGAGCUGCUCUACUAUCCAUUUGACAUGAAGGAGGAGGCUCCAAAUCCUUUCAGACAACAGUUUUCAAUGACUUCCCUGGAGAGGACAAUGACAAGUAUGGAAAAUGGAUCAGGGAGCACUAGUUUUGACAGGCUGUCUUCAAGGAAGAAAAAGGAAAUUAUCGUGCGGGGGGUUCUGUCAGUGACUGUGAUAUCUGGGGAGGAUCUGCCGGCAAUGGAUAUGAAUGGAAAGUCUGACCCGUAUGUCGUACUUUCUCUCAAGAAGACAAAAACAAAGUACAAGACAAGGGUUGUGAAUGAAAGCUUGAACCCAAUUUGGAAUCAGACUUUCGACUUUGUUGUUGAAGAUGGCUUACAUGAUAUGCUUAUGUUGGAAGUAUAUGAUCACGACACUUUCAGUAGAGAUUACAUGGGGCGGUGCAUCCUGACUUUAACCAAGGUUUUGCUCGAAGAAGAUUACAAGGAGAGCUUCAACCUGGAGGGAGCAAAGAGUGGGAAACUGAACUUGCAUCUGAAGUGGUCGCCUCAAUCAAUCAUGCGUGAUUCGCGAGAAGAGGACAGCUUAAGGUUCAGAUCAGUCCAGUAGCUGUGCACGCAUGGGUGCACGUCUGGUUUUUGAGGUCGGGGGUUGGGUGUCUGCUGUCCAUGGUUUGAAGGUUCUGGCUCUCAUCUGAAAACCUGCUUGGUUCAGUACUUCAGUCAUCGUUUUUCAUGCGCAAAUGGAUCCGUUGCACAUAUACAUGCAAUUGUUAUGUUGUUGAUCGGUUAGCUCGAGGUCUGCAAUGUAAUGUUGUCAAUAGAUAUGUGUAUCUUCUUUGUAACGCCAUGUUCAAAGCAGAAAUGUGUAAAUCUAGUGGAAAUAAAUUUAGAGUCCUUUUA